AUGUCGAUCGCAUCGCUUGCUCCUGCCAACAGCAAGAAGGCCAGGACGACGGCGAUCAAUUCGUUCACGACGUUCCUGGCCGCGGAGAGCAUGACACUCGAAGCCACCCACCAGCUCAUCGACGGGGAUAAGACAGUUGGUCGCGCAAAAUCUGGUGUUUCCUACACCACAUUGCGUAUUAUACUAGACAAGUAUGCAUAUUCGUUAGCCACAUCAGCUGAAAAGGUAAGAGCGACCAAUACGUGUCUAGCAUACUAUGGCAACGUCAAGAAUUGGCUAGUAGAUAAGUACCCACUGCAAGGAGCUUUAGUUAAAUCUCAGCUCCAAAAAAUUCUAUCUGGGCUGGGUAAGUAUUGUAGCAACCGAGAGGAGGUCGGCGACGAGAAGAAAGCACCUCCGUGCUCUAAACAAGACUUAGAAGCUAUGGUGUCUCUACUGUACUCAACGGCUGCAACGGAGAGUGAAUACCUCGACGCGACCCUCGUCGUGAUGAUGUGGUACCUUUAUGGCCGUAGCUCGGACGCAGAAACAGUCGAGAAGAGUCAGCUAUUCAUCUUGCCUGGCGGAGUCUUAUUUCUUCGAUUUAAGAGGGUUAAAACAGCUUUACUACAAGGCAUCUCCUUAUUCAAGGACCCCACGAAUUUCUUGACAUGUCCUCUGCAAGCUCUGUCUGUGGCGCUGGUUAUGCAGAAGGCACCAAGUCACCGCAUGUUCCCUCAAUUCAUCGCCAAAAGGCGCAGCACGGAUGAUAUUGACGAUGCACAGGAGCUUACACUGAGCUGUUAG